GAUUUUUGUGGGGGGGAUAUGGCAAGGCAAAUUUUGACUACAUGUUUUAUGUGGUUGAGAUCUUAACCGAAUAUCUUUUCAGUAGCUAAUAACUCUGUAUAAAUGGUGAUUUCUCAUGGGGUGAAGAUCAUAUAUUUGAAGUAAAGAAGAAGAGAACUAUGGCUUCUGGUGGUAGAUCAAGAUCUUCUGUUUCAUGAUGAUGUUGAGACAGAGAAGUUAACAGAAAGCAAGGAAAAGAGUCACUUAUCAAUGCAUGGCUAUAACAAGAUAAUGAGCGGAAAAGAGAAUGAUAGGAAGGAUGCAACAAGAGGAAAGUGCCUAGAGAGAAGAAGAGAACUAUCUAGAGUGUUCUCAGAGGAUUAUGAUGCAGAUGAGAUUCUGAUAUUGGAUCCAAGGGGUCCAAGAGUGAAUAGAUGGAACAGGAUUUUCUUAGUAGCAUGCUUGAUUUCAUUGUUUGUGGAUCCUUUGUUCUUUUACUUGCCAGUGGCCAAGAAAGAAAUGUGCAUUGACAUGUCUAUUGGUCUUGAAGUUUCCCUCACCAUAAUCCGGUCCAUGGUUGAUGCAUUUUACAUUAUUCAGAUUUAUGUAAGGUUUCAAACUGCUUAUGUGGCGCCUUCUUCGCGUGUUUCUGGUAGAGGAGAGCUUAUCAUAGACUCCUCCAAGAUUGCAUCGCAGUAUAUGCAUAAGGACUUUUGGAUUGAUCUAUUGGCUGCACAGCCUCUUCCACAGGUGGUUAUUUGGACUGUAAUUCCAAAUCUAAAGGGGUCACAAAUGUUUGCUUCAAGGCAUGUUCUGAGCAUGGUUACCAUUUUUCAAUACCUCUUGAGGCUAUAUCUGAUUUAUCCACUCUCACAUGAAAUCAUCAAGACUAAAGGGGUAAUGAUGGAGAAAGCUUGGGCUGGUGCAGCAUAUAAUCUUAUGCUCUAUAUGCUAGCAAGUCAUGUUUUAGGAUCAUGCUGGUAUCUGCUAUCAAUUGAAAGGCAAGAUGAGUGUUGGAAGAAAGUUUGUAAUCUUGAGUACCGAAAUUGCAAGUACCAUUAUCUUGAAUGUGAGAGCAUAGGGGACCUAAGUAGGACUUCAUGGCUCAAAUCAAGCAAUAUCUCAAGCCUUUGUGAUCAGGACAGUGAUUUCUUUCAGUUUGGUAUUUUUGCUGAUGCUCUUUCUUUGGAAGUUACAGCCUCAGAAUUCUUCAGCAAAUACUAUUAUUGUCUUUGGUGGGGACUGAGAAAUCUUAGCUCUUUAGGACAGAAUCUCUUGACAAGCACGCAAGUCACAGAGAUAAAUUUUGCUGUGAUUGUUGCAAUUCUUGGAUUGGUGCUGUUUGCAUUGCUCAUAGGCAAUAUGCAAACAUAUUUGCAAUCAACAACAAUGAGACUAGAAGAAUGGAGAAUAAGGAGAACAGAUACAGAAAGAUGGAUGCACCAUAGGCAACUCCCUCGGCAUCUGAAGCAAAAUGUGAGAAGGUAUGACCAAUUGAGAUGGGUUGCCACUCGUGGUGUUGAUGAAGAAGCCAUUCUUAGAGACCUUCCUGCUGAUCUUAGACGCGACAUUAAGCGCCACCUUUGUCUCAAUCUUGUUCGCCAAGUACCAUUAUUUGAUCAGAUGGAUGAGAGAAUCCUAGAUGCAAUAUGUGAGAGGCUAAAACCGUCACUAUGUUCCCAAGGGACAUGCCUUGUCCGUGAAGGUGACCUUGUUCAUGAGAUGUUCUUCAUAGUACGAGGCCAUUUAGAUUCUUGCACCACCAAUGGUGGCCGAACCGGAUUCUUCAACUCCUGUCGAAUUGGGCCCGGUGACUUCUGCGGUGAGGAGCUUCUUACAUGGGCCUUGGACCCACGUCCAACUGUGGCCCUUCCUUCAUCAACAAGAACAGUACGGGCCAUAACUGAAGUUGAGGCCUUUGCACUAAUUUCUGAAGACUUGAAAUUUGUGGCGGCCCAAUUCAGAAGGUUACAUAGCAAGCAACUUAGGCAAACUUUCAGGUUCCAUUCUCAUCAAUGGAGAACAUGGGCUGCAUGUUUUAUACAAGCAGCUUGGUUUAGGUAUAAGAGAAUCAAGGAGACAAGUGAGCUCCAGAGAAAGGAGAGUCCAAUGAUGGUCAUGAUGGCCUGUGGGCCUCGAAAUGGGCCUGAGCACUUCUCUGCACCCUUGCAGCCCAUGACUGGAUCAAGUUUAAGUAUGUAUUCAUCAAAAUUGGCAGCAAGCCCAAGGAGAGGUAUGAGCCUAAGACAUGGGCCUGAGUUUGAUAUGUUUUUUGGGUCAUUGAAGAAGCCGCUUGAACCAGACUUUACAGAUGAAGAUGAUGAUAAUGAUGAUGAUAAGUAAAGUACAAACAAGUUUAAUGAUCUUAAUUAAUUCCUUAAUUAGAGAGUGGAAAAAUAUUUGUUGGAUUAAUCAAAUAUAAAUAGAAAAUGAGAUAUACAUACAGUGAAGUUUCUAACAAUUAAGGGCUCAUCUUUUAGAUUAGGGCCUUUGAGAUAUAAAUAAACUAGUGUUGAGGAAAAAUUUUUGGUUGUACAUAAUUAUGAUUUCUCUCUCUUAAAAAAUUUAUAAAUUCAAUUUUAUUUUGGUUGCAAAAAUUCUAAAUAGCAUGUCAUUCCCCAUCAUAGGAAUUAUUUUAAAAAUUAUAAAUGCUUUUCAUGUUUUGUUUUUAUUAUUUAUUUAUUAUGGGGAAACACCUAACGUUAGCUUGGGCAAAUUGAAGAGCAUUUGGCGGCUCUGAAUGACGAAAAUUUUGGACAUUGUUAAUGUGGGUCCGAAAGAGUACUAGAGGUUUGACUAGUAAGUAACUAACUAUAUUGGAAUUCAACAAUUCAUUACCAUGGAAAUCGAUCAGAAUGUUUUUUCACCAACAUUACCUAACAUUCAAGGAAUGGAAGAUUCUUUAUCAAAUGUAAGCUCUGAAAAAGAAUAUUCCAAACCCCUUCUGCUAAGUACCUAUUAUAUUAUAUGCACUAGCCUAAAACACACACUUAAU